AUGAGUGAUGAUCAACUUCGCAGAAGAGUAUCGAAAGCGUGCGACGCAUGCCGUACAAAGAAAAUCAAGUGCGAUGGAGAUGAACCAUGCUUCAACUGCGCAAAAUCGUCAUGUUCCUGUACAUAUUCCCAUGUGGCGAAAAAGCGGUUGAAACCACCCACACGAGUUUCCAACAGGAAAAUUCUUGCUGACUUGUCGCAGCGUUUAUCCAAACUGGAGAAUAUUCUUUCUCAGAUCAGGGACGAGGCUUGCACCACCAACAAUCAUGCAGAGAAACCCGCAACUUCCGGAUCUGCCUUUCAACCUCAAUCUUUCCAAGUUGACGCUGAUAUGUACGAAUCAGACGAGAGCAGCUCCACAGGAUCGGAUGGACUCGAAGAUCUGAUGAUGCAGCAAGGCUCCCGUUACAGACCCCACUCAGGUAGAAAACAAACAAUAGAACUCCCUCGCUCUAAAGUGGAGCCAGAUGAAACGUCAGAGGCUACCCCAGAUACCAUUGGAGAAUCUCCAGCAAUUCAUGUGAUGGACUAUGAGGAAAAAAACGCUCACCCUACUGCCAAAGCUACAUAUGUAGGUGCUUAUUCCGCAUUUUCGAUGUUCACCCGAAAGGGCGUGGAAUGGGUGCACAAUAAGCUGUUGGGAGGUCCGGAUAUCCUGGGAACCAUUUUGCAAGCGAGGGCUGCGAUUUGUAGCAAAAAUUUCGCUGUGUUCAAUGCUCAUUUUGACAAAACAGGCCUGAUAGACACAUAUGAUUUCCCAGAGCCACAAGCAUGUGAGGUGCUCUUUCAAAACUUCAUCACCCAUGCAGUUCCGGUAUCGCCUGUUGAGAUCGCAUACGAAAUUCCCUCGAUCAGACAGAAGUUCGAAACCUCGCCUAGAACCCUCAACUCUUCUGAACUUUUCCUUGUUGACACUAUUCUGCUCAUUGGCUCCACCAUCCAAUGCCAAAUUUGUCAUAUCCAAAAUGUAGACAACACGAAGUGGACAAUGAUACAGACCCAGAUGAUGCUCAAGACCUUACGGAUGUAUCAACAAACAAGUUUGGCUUACUCGGGGGAUGCACUCGUAUACAUAAAGGGUGUUAUGCUACUGUGCUGGCAAAUUGAAAACUCUUCAGUUCCUCAAUUGGCUUAUCUGCUGUUAUCGACCGCGGUGCGCUUGGCACAGGAGAUGAGCCUACAUCUAAGAGAGGCCUACGACAAGAUUUCUGAUGCGGCAGAAAAGCUGAAACGUCAUACACUUUGGAUUAACCUAUACCGCUUCGAUAUUUAUCUAUCAACUCGUACCGGUAAGCCAUCAUCUAUCCACGAUGGCGAUACGAACUCCUUACAAGACUGGGACUUUUAUCAAUACAUUGAAGCUCAAGAACAGAGUGUCGCUCCGGGUUUGAAAGAUAAUACAUCGGCCAAAGAAUCAAAACAGUUUUUGCCAGCGUUGCGACCAGCAUUAGCAGCGUUUUGCUCGGAGUCGAGAGAAGGUCUCAAUUUUGCUUUAGAGUUUUAUGAGCUGCACCUUGCUCGACACUCAAGAAACUGCUAUCGCCAUCUCUUAAGUUGUAAAGCGCUGGCGGAAAACGACUACAAUUGUAGAUCGAUGCUAGCGCAAAAAUUGAAUCUAGAACUGGACGAGUGGGUGGCAAUGCUACCGGCAUUCAUGAGACCAUCUGGACAGGUUGAAAAUUUGAAAAGUCUUGACAGUUUGCUAAAUUCGAUGCCAGAAAGGUCCAAGACAAAUUCACCCUGGUCUUUUAUCGAGGCGUCGCCUGCAAGUGUAAAGCUUAAAAUUCUCAUAAUGCACAUGGAGUAUUAUUUGAACCUUCUAUACACGAAUUGUGUGUUGAGCAGGAUCCCAUGGCAAACUGAGUCUGACGGCCCGCCCCCAGGAUCCAAGGGUCUCGAAAAUGACGAAAAGUGUACGUUUGCAGCUAGAAUGAUGGUGAAAGUAGCCGGCCUUGUUGUAUCCUCAACCAACCCGAACAUUUCCCUGUGUGGUAAUACGUUAUAUGCGUUUUUAAGCGGGUUCCUAAAUCUUUUCUAUCGCUGCGUUGAAGCCCCCAAAUCGGGCAAGGAAGAUUUGCAACUGCUAUAUGACACAACAAUGCUGUUGGUCGAGACAGCUAAGCGGCAAAGAAAUGGUUACUCAUUGAAAUGGACUGUCAUUGCAUUCGUGGCGCUGAGUUUGAUGAAACUAGGUUCCACAACGUACCGAACCGAAACGAAUGAUUACAGCCUGCCUAUCAAAGACGAGGUCAUCAAAAGUGAACUGAAAGCACUCCAGGGUGUGCUAGCAACUCAACCGCAAGAGACGCUUGUUCACCUGCGUAAGAUAGAUGAAAUGCGGAAUAACUUGAGACCCCCGAGUAGAGCACCUGACGCGUUGAAAGAUAUUUCAACAACUAGUCCUUCCCAAAGAAUCGACAAUUGGCUUGGCGACCAGAGCGUAGCUUUGGGUUACAAAAAUUUCGAACAAAAUGUGCCAGACGGCAAUCUCACGCCGUCAUUUGCCCCCCCAUUGGCGGACUUGCCUAGUUUUCCUUUCCAGGGCAACAUUGCAGAAGAGGUUCCAUUAGACUUGCCGGACACAGAUUUCCUGGACCAGUUCUUUCGUAUGGACGACCCAUCGCUGGACAAAACAUCUAUUUUCCGUUUUUGA